AUGGGCCUCAUGGGAGCACCGGUCCUGGCUCUGGAAGAGAGAGCAUCAUACAAGGUCGACGAGACGUGAGAAAGAGAGAUCGAUCUCCUUUUAUUCAAUGCUCCAUUGGAGCUCAUACAUCUUCUUCGUUGAUUCUGGUGAUUUCAGUUAGGGUUUAUUCGGAAAAUCAGAUUCUAGGUUUAGAGCUGGUGAUCAGGGUGUGGCAAGAUGACAAUGAAUGAGCGAAAGACAAUUGACUUGGAACAGGGAUGGGAGUUCAUGCAGAAAGGGAUUACAAAGCUGAAGAACAUUCUAGAAGGACUCCCUGAGCCACAAUUCAGCUCUGAGGACUAUAUGAUGCUCUAUACAACCAUCUAUAAUAUGUGCACUCAGAAGCCGCCUCAUGAUUACUCUCAGCAAUUAUAUGACAAGUACCGAGAGUCUUUUGAAGAGUACAUUACUUCCACAGUAUUGCCUUCUUUGAGAGAGAAGCAUGAUGAGUUCAUGCUAAGGGAGCUUGUGAAGAGGUGGUCAAAUCAUAAAGUGAUGGUCAGGUGGCUUUCUCGAUUCUUUCAUUAUCUUGAUCGCUACUUUAUUGCUCGGAGGUCACUUCCAGCACUUAACGAAGUUGGACUUGCUUGCUUUCGGGAUCUGGUUUACCAGGAGAUAAAUGGGAAAGUAAAGGAUGCUGUCAUAUCUCUGAUUGAUCAGGAGCGUGAAGGAGAGCAGAUUGUCCGAGCUUUGUUAAAGAAUGUAUUGGAUAUAUUCGUUGAAAUUGGAUUGGGUCAAAUGGAUUAUUAUGAGAAUGACUUUGAAGCAGCUAUGCUAAAAGAUACUGCUGCUUAUUAUUCUCGGAAGGCUUCAAACUGGAUCUUGGAAGAUUCCUGUCCAGAUUAUAUGUUGAAAGCUGAGGAGUGUUUGAAACGAGAGAAGGAUAGGGUUGCUCAUUACCUACAUUCUAGCAGUGAGCCAAAGUUGCUUGAGAAAGUUCAACAUGAGUUGUUGUCUGUUUAUGCGAACCAAUUGCUUGAAAAGGAGCACUCUGGAUGUCAUGCGUUGCUUAGGGAUGACAAGGUGGAGGAUUUGUCAAGGAUGUAUAGGCUCUUUUCUAAAAUACCUCGAGGGUUAGAGCCUGUAUCUAGUAUUUUUAAACAGCAUGUGACUGCCGAAGGUAUGGCCUUGGUUAAGCAGGCAGAAGAUGCAGCAAGCAAUAAGAAGGCAGACAAGAAAGAUGUUGUUGGUCUGCAGGAACAGCUUUUUGUCAGAAAAGUGAUUGAGCUUCACGACAAAUACCUGGCAUAUGUAGUUGACUGUUUCAUGAACCAUACUCUUUUCCACAAGGCACUCAAGGAGGCUUUUGAAAUCUUCUGCAAUAAGGGUGUUGGUGGAAGCUCAAGUGCGGAACUGCUGGCCACUUUUUGUGAUAAUAUUCUGAAGAAGGGUGGGAGUGAGAAAUUGAGUGAUGAAGCCAUUGAAGAAACACUUGAGAAGGUAGUAAAGUUGCUUGCUUAUAUUAGUGACAAGGAUCUGUUUGCCGAAUUUUAUAGAAAGAAGCUUGCCCGACGCUUACUUUUUGACAAGAGUGCUAAUGACGAGCAUGAGAGAAGUAUUCUUACAAAGCUGAAGCAGCAGUGUGGUGGUCAGUUCACAUCAAAGAUGGAGGGGAUGGUCACAGAUUUGACUUUGGCAAGGGAAAAUCAAGCCUACUUUGAGGAGUAUCUCAGCAAGAACCCAAAUCCAAAUCCAGGGAUUGACUUGACUGUUACUGUCCUGACUACUGGAUUUUGGCCAAGUUACAAGUCUUUUGAUCUCAAUCUCCCUGCAGAAAUGGUUAGGUGUGUUGAAGUUUUUAGAGAAUUCUAUCAAACAAAAACAAAGCACAGAAAACUUACAUGGAUAUAUUCAUUGGGUACGUGUAACAUCAAUGGAAAAUUUGAACCCAAAACCAUGGAACUCAUUGUGACAACCUACCAGGCCUCUGCUCUGCUGCUCUUUAAUGCCUCAGACAGAUUAAGUUAUCAGGAAAUCAUGACUCAGUUAAACCUGACGGAUGAUGAUGUUGUUAGACUGCUUCAUUCCCUUUCAUGUGCGAAGUAUAAGAUUCUUAACAAAGAGCCAAACACCAAAGCAAUCUCCCCGACUGAUUACUUUGAGUUUAACUCCAGGUUCACUGACAAGAUGAGAAGGAUAAAGAUUCCUCUACCUCCUGUGGAUGAGAAGAAAAAGGUAAUUGAAGAUGUUGACAAGGACAGAAGGUAUGCUAUCGAUGCUUCAAUUGUGCGUAUCAUGAAGAGUCGGAAAGUUUUGGGCCACCAACAGUUGGUUAUGGAGUGUGUUGAGCAGUUAGGCCGCAUGUUCAAGCCUGACUUCAAGGCUAUCAAGAAAAGGAUUGAAGAUCUAAUCACUAGGGACUAUCUGGAAAGGGACAAGGAGAACCCUAACCUGUUCAAGUACUUGGCAUGAUUUGGCCAGUUGACAUGACAGCCCAUUUUUAGUAUAUCGUUUUGGUGCUGGAACUAGCCCCAACAGUAGAGAAAGGUCAGAUCAUGAUGAUGGGACGGGGCUCAGUUAGAGCACAAACAAAACUGCUGUAAAUUUUGUCGCUGUUGGAUGGCCUGGUCUGCCGAUGGCGCAACACCGGGAGCUUGACAAGUCUUGUAUAUUUUUCCCUAAAAGGCAGGCGCGAACAAUAUGUUAAAAAUGCCAUGCCUGUUCUAUAUAUGGAAACAAUUGUAUUUUAUCUGUGUGUUCUAUUUAGUUUUUAGUGCACCAGCAAGGGGACCGACCAUCUGUCUAUUAGUGAAAUAUCUCUCUAUCAAUGAUGCAUGCUUGUUCUCCACGGCUUAUUUCAGUUUGCCCUGACCUGCCCUCCGCUUCCCCCUCCUGUAAACAAAGAUUGUAAUUUAUCCUGUUAAAUCUUGCUCUAGCCGGCAGUCUAACUUCUUACCUUUGUUUAGCUUGUCAUAUAUAUCCAAGGAAUACUUUGUCUUGAGCAAGUUGUGGGUUUGUGUACCAUGUUUUAGCUUUGAAUUCUUUGAUAGAUGGAUCAGAAAGAAAUGGAUGUCAUAUUCCUAUC